GAAUAUGAAUGUUGAUCGGAAGCUAAUGGCAACCACCGUCCAAACACCCAAAUCCUCCGUAAAAUCGUCGUCCACCAGGUGCUUGUCUACCCGUUGCCGGAGAGACGCCAACUGCAAGUGCGAUAUCUGCAUCGCCAGCUUCAAUGCGACCCUUGAUUUAUUGCCCAUGAGCGUCCAAAGAAGCUCUCUCACCAGGUUGUCCUCUUCAAAACCAUCUCCUCCUCAAACCCCUAUUUUCUGCAAUCCUUCAACCGACUCCACUCCUGAAUCUGAGACUUCUCGUCUGAUGGUAUCUCCUCCCCUCAAUUCAACGCUCCGGACUGAUUUUCGUCAGAAGAUCAAGAGGAAGAAGAUAGAAUUUGGAGAUAGUGUGAUGAUGAUGAAAUGGUUUCUUGUUCUAUGCUUGAUUUUGAUAACGAAAUUUGGGUUUUCAUUUGUCACUUCUAGAGUCAUGAAAGCCAAAUUGUCCCUAGAGAUAGUAAGAAACCUGAGUGAGAAAUCACAGGGGUUUCAUGAUGUGAAUGAACGAUUAGAGUUUUUGAAUGGCGAACUACAAGAUCUUGUUGGAGAUGGAGUCCCAGAAUCUAGCUCUACAAAUCCUAAUUGCGAAAUAGUUCAGGAUGGUUUGAUCCUGAGAUCUCGUUGUCAACUCUACAAAUCUGGGAUGGAAGAAGUGAGUAUCUGGGGAUGGCCUUUGCAGACUGCUGGAUUGCUUACAACUAAAUUUGCUUCAAGAUCAUUCACUAUCUUGUCAGGAAGAGUUACAGAGUGGUCGAAUGGGGAGUUGAGUUGUUUGAUACGAAAAGCAAACACUUCCUGGGAACAAGAAAAGUGGAGUGCAUCGUUAUGGCGUUUAGAUGAAAAUACUUGGAUCCUCGAGUACAAAAGAAGCUUUGUCUUUGAUAACGCAAAACCAUUUUCGUCAGCAAUGGAGUUCUUGAAAUUCAGGAUGAUGAGUGCAUUUCAAUGGAUGAAGCAGUUGUGGAGAUUUUCUCUUUGUUUUGUAGAUGGUAAUCACUUAACUCCUACCUGAGAAGAUAUUUGUGUUCUCAAAACCAACUAACUU